CUCCUCCACGCCGCCAGGGGGCGCUCGCGGGAGUGGGGGGGCACAACAUGGCGGAGCAGGCCUUGUGCUCGGUUCUGGAGCGGCUCCUCCUGGUCCUGGCCCCCCCCAGCAGCGCGGAGCAGAAGGGGGGGUCCCUGCUGGUGGCCCUGGCAGCAGAGGGGGACACGGCCCAGUCCGGCUGCACCAUCACCGUGGCGGCUGCUGGGGACCUGACCCGUGGCAUCGACACCGAAGCCCUUUUGGGAGCCACUCUGGGGGUGCUGCCGGGGGUGCCCCAUGUCCCUGCUCCGUGCUGCGGCCGCAUCCUGCACCGGGCCCGCCUGCGUUUGGCCUUUCAGCUCUGCGCCCCCCCCGACUGUGUGUGGCUGCGGCGGUUUCUGCACAAGGCCAGCGUGGUGCACCCCGAGGUGGAGUUUCACUUGUGUGUCAGCAUGAAUGGAGCCGUGGCCUCGCACAGCUAUGGGAGGGAGAGCGCCUGGACAAUGGAGGGAGUGAGGCUGCGGGUCCAGAGCUGGCACUUCGCACUUCCAGCAGCCCCUGGGGGUGCCCCCCCCUGCAGCAGGAUCCACCCCACACUGGGACCCCCCAUCUGCCUGCGGGUGCCCCCCCCUGCGGUGGCCGCAGGGCUCGGGGGGGAGCUGAGCUUGGUCCCUGCAGCCGCCUUGUGCCCCUGCCUGCGCCGGGCCCCCAACCGGCCCUCCCGCCUCGACACCAUCACCUUGUUCCUGUAUGACCCUGUGGGGCUCCCGGCCGCGGCGCCCCGGUUCUUCCAGGAUCCCUCUUGGAUGGCGGAUUGGGAGCAAUUCGGCUUCACCGCGGCCCCCCAUGCCCAGAGAGAGGGGCAAGAAGAGCUGGUGACCCCUGAUGCCACCUACACAGUGCAGCAGGGAGCCGGUGGCCCCGAUGGGGACCAGCACCCCCAGAGUCUCCUGCUCUUCCUCUUCCUCCAGCACGAGGACCCCUUCCAGGCGUAUGAUGCCAGCACCCGCCUGGUGCUGCUGCAGCACCUGGAGCAGACGCUGUGGAGCAGCCGCUCGGCGCUGGCCCGCGGGCUCCGGACCCUCGUCCACCCCAUACUGGGAGAGCUGCGUCGGCGGCAUGAGGCCCAACAGCGCCUGGCACGGUCCCUUUGUGUCGCGCUGGACGCGGUGACGGCCGUGGUGACCGGGAGCACCAGCACCCGGUUCCGCCGGGGCUGCCUGCGCUCCAUGCAGGAUCCCCACUGGAGCAUCCCCGUGUGCAGAGCGGGCAAAUGGAGGAGGAGGAAGAGGAGGAGGAGGAUGAGGAGGGUUCCCAGAGCAGCCAGGGGCAGGUGUUGCUGCACGAGGUGGCCCAAUGGAUGGCCUAAGGGACAGGGAUGGAGCCCAACCCUCUGCCAUGUGCCAGCCCAGUUCACCCAGUUCACCCGGUCCCACCUGGUUCUGGCUGCCCCAGUCUCCUUCCCCCCGUUGAUCCCAGUUUCCUUUGUUGGUCCUAGUGCCACAGUUGCUCCCCAUUCUCCCAGUUGCUCCUAGUUCUCCCAGUCAGUCCCAGUUUUCCCAGUCCCCCA